UUUCUGAAGAAUUUCCUACCGAGGCUAUUUCCAUAAGCAGCAGGGAUUCAGGUUUACUUGGUGGCCACUGGAUGUCACUGUUUCUCCACAAAAGUGUUUUGAAACUACCCUUGGGUUUCCUAUUUUGCUGCUAUUUGAUUGUCAGUGGAGCUUUCCUUCAGGCUAUAAUCCUACAGAAAGGGAUACAUCAAGUAGAAAGAUAUUUCCAUGUAAGGAAUAAGAGAAGUGGAUGUUUCCUUCAAAGGCCUGAGAAGUAUAUAUAGAUAGCAGCCUUUAAAUAUUACGGUGUAAGACUAGCAUUUAUAGAAAUACUGUCAUGUAAAUUACUUCAGUCCCCAGGGAUAUCAGACAGGUUCUGACAAGGAAUUAUAUUUAUGAGUAUUUGGAUUUGAUUUGGCACUGGUUGGUGUCUCUAGAGAUACACGUUUCUAUCUGUGUAACUACAACGAACAGAGCUGCUAAAAUUCAUCCCUUCAGUAUGGGGCUUACACAACUUGCAUGAAAAAAGACUCUGUAUUUUCCCAGGUGUGAAAGUACAACUUUAAAGCAAACAUUUUUUUCAAUUAACCGUAUGGCUUUCAUGAGGUUUGAGUGAAGCACUGCCCUACCUGCUGGUUUGGAGAGAAUUAGCAUGGUCCACCCUUGAGUGCUGAUAUUACAGGCUUCCCUCCUCCUCUGAAGAAAAGUUUGAGCUGCUGCUCCAAAUGCAGGAUAUUAAUCAUACGACAUGUUUUUUAGUGUUUGGUAAAAAUGGGCACUUAGGUGAACAGAGAAUACAUAUUACAGGAAAUGUGCUUGUUCCAUCUUUUCACAACACCAUCGUCCUCAUGCUUCCUUUUGAUUUCUGCUUAAGCAGGUUCUGGUCAUCACUUUUCCUGCCAUGAAUUACUGUGCUUCAUCAUAUAUCAUCUAUAAUUGUAUCAUUAAUAUAUUUUAUAGUAUUAUGAAAUGGAAUUUAUUGAUUUGACUUAAAGUUUCACUUAGUAGUAAAGAGUUUGACUUCUCUCUUCCCAGAUUUAAGGUUUCCGCAGAAUGCAUGUCUUCUGUCAGGAGAAACUUAGUGCCAUCAGCCACAUUUUCAUCAGUAAAAUAAGUACUGAGCAAGUGCAGGAUUCCUUCUUGUUCCACCAAAUAGAAGCCUCAAAAAGCAAGAGGAUCACGAGGCACUUUCAAAACUUCAGGUUGGCAGAUAGGUGAAAUGAAUUUGCUGCUUUUAUUCUCCCUGCAUGUUGCUUUGGACGGCUCCCUCCUGAGUCCCAGCAGCUGUCAGGAUUUCUAAGUUUUGGUGGCAAGAUGCUUGUUAAGCAUCCCAACCAGCUCAGCUGGCUGUGCACAGCAGUGUCGUCAUCCCAUGACAGACCUCGGAACGCUGUCACUGGCAAGUGCAUGUUUGGGCAGAUCUUGUAUUUUUUUCCCUGCCUUGCUCUGAAAUGGGAAUGCAAGUGUUUUACCCUAGUGUACUCUGCAGAAGCAUGUGCGCAUGUGUGUGCACAUACCAGUGUUUCUGUGUUCCCCAGCAGUUCCAUGGUUUUGUUUUGCUGUGGUGACCCCUCAGCUGGCAGUGAUUCCUUUCCCAGCAAGCUGCACAUUCUCCUUCCUCUGUGUAAGCUAUUAAAACCAGAUGCGCAGAAAGAACUCUGUUAUGAUGAACUUUUGUGAGCUGAUUUCAUUCCUUGGCUGGAAUAGUGGGCUGUCUCCCAUGAAAGCUGGGGGAAAAGCCCAAGAGGAUUUAAACUCUUAAGUCUGAGCUAAACUCCUGGGUCUGAAUCUAUGUCUGUUGUUAUCAGAGUAAAUUAAGUGUAGCACGGCUAAAGCAAACUGAACUAAAUCAAUACAAAGCUGGAAUGAGAGAUAGGAGAAAUGAGAUCUGACCUUGCAUUAAUCUGCCUAUAUUUGUUCUUUAUAGGUUAUUCUGUGGGUCCUAAUACAUCAUUAAGCCUGGAAAGAAUAAGUAGCUUUGUGUUGUUCCUGGAUCAGCUUGAUUUUAAAACACAGGAAUCUGAGAAAUAAGCUUGUGAUCUCAUGCAAAAGCAUGAAAGAGGAAAAGGCACCCUGCCAUUUAAUGGGUGUAUUUAUAGGAAGGUCUUCUCACAGCCUGUAUCUGACUCAAAGUAGAAGCCAUCUGGGAAUGUUUCUGUGGGUAAGGACCACAUUCCAGGAAGUGUCACAUCAUCCUGCAGUCCUGUCAGACAAGGAUUGCUUUAGGCUCUCUUUUGGCUCAUGGUAGGUUUGGAAGAAGAAAGUAACAGCCAGAGUUCAGUGUGUCAUGAUGUGACACCCCUUCUCAAUGCUUUUGGACCAAUGGUAAUUAAAGUUCUGAGAUUUCUUAUGGAAUCUGCCCCUGCUAUCAAGCUGUUGAUUAGAAGAGUUCUUUACCAUUUUGGCAGUUAAUAAGAUUCUCUAGAUGACCCCUAGAUCACAUAAAUGGCAUCGUAAACCAUCAGUCCUCUGCAGAGUACAGAUGAGAACCACUCUGCGGGAAGACUGUUGAGACUGUGGGUGCUGAAUGUCAUCCUGCGCUGAUGCUGAGGCCUCCUCGGGCCUCAGUUCUGUUAGGAGUGGAGAGAAAAAACUAAGACACUUGGUGUGGGCUGAUGUCCUCUGUUUCCCGGGGUCCUAUCUUGUGAGUGGUGAGUGAAGUGGUAUUGGUGUGUGUACAUGGUCUCAGCGACAGGCAGUUGUAGGAAUGGCCAGUCAGUGCUCCUAGAAGUAGCCUCACCAAGACAUUCACUCCUUUGGAGUGCUCAUUUCCUUUAGAGUAAGGAAAUGAGUACUAGGGGCAAAUGGAGUAACCAGUGGCCUAAGUGUUUGGGGACUGAGGCUGCUUUGUGCAAUUUCCUGUGCCUGCGAUGAGUAGCUGACACUGUACUUUGUACAGUAACAUUCUGGCUAGCGUAUUGUCUCAUAUCAUUUGCACUGCCUCGUAGCUGGGCUGAGUGAAGUUCUGCAAGGAGAAUUGGCUUCCCACAGAAACAGUUGACCUCAGACGUUUUGCUGCUUACUUGCUUGUCCUGGGGCUAACUGAAGGAGCCUUGUGACAAACCUCACAACAAAAUCACGGGCUCUAGCGCUGUCAGGGUGAAAUCAGCCGCCUCCCUUGAGAUCUGAGUGGUGUGUUGUUGAAAGCCCCGAGAUGUUGCCUCUAUACGUGCAGGCAGGGGUUAAGCAUUAUGAAUUUGCAAUAGCCAGCCAGCUUUCCCAUAUAAGAGCACUGCGCUCAUUGGCUCUCUCUUUUACUGAGAAAUCUAUCUAGUCAUUUCCUGUGCAAACCCUUCUUCGCUUGGCAAAAAGCUAUACAGUUGAGUAAAUAACAAUAAUCCGUGGUUAUUCCUUCUCACAGGCAGCUUGGAUUCUCUCAUGGACCACCACCAACUAGGAGUUCAACGUUGUGCCAUUCACAGACUGCUAUUAUGAGCAUGGUCUUCUCUGCAGAGGAGGAGGACUCUCACCCAUGGAUGUGAAUAACUUGGGGUCUGCUUUCACACUAAUUAGCACUUGUUGGUGUUCGGCUUGGUUUCUACCGAGAGAUUAUUUACCCUUUGAAGAAUCAGUUGGGACUCCUUGUCAGAUCAGUUCUUGGGUGGAGCUUGCAGUAACUUGGGGUAAGUGCUGUGCUCUUCCUCUUUUGACAGCAGGGCUUUUCUGUGCUGCGCUACUCAAAAUGGCUUGCUAAAGUCACGGAAAGAAACAACUCAGUUCUUGAAUAGAGAAGUGGAAGUUGGGCUGGCAAACAGAGAGUGCUCUCUGUUUCCUAGGGACAGACAAGGUGGAUAUAUAUAUUAUAGGGUCCUUUCUUAUAGGACCGUUUUGCUCUUGCUUUUAAACCAGACAGUCUGUCUGUACAAGACUGACAAUAAAUAACUCUCUCCAGUGCUGUGGAGAGAUGGAAACUGCAGCUGAAAAAUGAGUUUGGGGAAAGGAAGACAGAAAAGCACAAGCAAACUAUUUUGGAAGUACAAAUAGUUCUCUAAAGGGUGAGCAAAUAUACCAGUAAGUGUUUUGGGGGAGGAAAUAAGUCUGAAAGAGUAUUAUAGGGUGUAUGCCUGUGUGUGCAGAGGAAUGUUUGUCGUUAGAGCGCAGACUAAACUGAAUGGCUGAAUUAUCAUAAUGGUUUGUCUUGAAACCAGCCCUUGGAUUUCUUGCUGUGAGCUGCAUAAAGAUGUUUUGUGGCUGUUUGCUGCCUAGAACUGUUUCUCCAUAUCCUAAUCUAAGGCAUAAUGCUUAUGCUUUCUUAUAUAUGUCAAUUUACUUCUUUGAUGGUACAGGCUAUGGAGUCUGGCUGUAGUCCCAGCAAAGGCGAUUUCUCUUCAGAGAAAACCUGUUAACCAUUUGGAGGGAGUACAUGUGAAUAAGACGGAGUUAUUAAAGAAAGCUUUACUUCAGAAACAGCGCAAUGCUUACCAACAGAGAACAUGGACAAACUUACCACUCUCUUGUAAAGAAGGCCUACAGUUAAUCUUAUCUUUUCGGCCACUUGGUGACUAGCCUGUGUUGGCUGCACUGAGACAAGAACAAUGACUGUAGUCUCCUAAAGAUCCACUUUCUUUGCCUUUUAAGUAAGGAACCUGUGCUGCUGCCAACAGGUUUAGUCUCCCAGCACGGAACGCCUUUGGUGAUCUGAAAGACCAUCUCUAUCAGAAAUGGAUAACUUCACAAAUGGGCAGCCAGGCCCAGGUCAGAGGAACAGGUUGAUGGGAUUGCUAGAAACAGAUGACAGUACCCCAGAAGAUAAACCUGCAUCUAGUAAAAAGGAAGAAAGAUCGGGACCUGGAAAAAGAGAGCAACGACCCUUGGAGACACCAUAUCAAAAGGAAAGCAGUAACUUUCCUCCUAAAGUCAAGAUUAAUCUGACUAGGCUAGGACUUGUUAGCAACCAAAAGGACCCAAAUCGCUUCGACAGAGACAGGCUCUUCAGCGCAGUCUCAAGGGGCAGCCCCGAGGCACUGGAUGGUUUACUGGAGUAUUUAAGGAGGACUUCCAAAUUUCUCACUGAUUCUGAAUACACAGAUGCAAAUACUGGGAAGACCUGCUUAAUGAAAGCCCUGUUGAACUUAAAAAAUGGAAAGAAUGACACAAUCCCACGUUUGCUGGAAAUAGACCAAAAUACACACAAUCCUAGGCCUCUUGUCAAUGUGGCAUGCUCUGACUGUUACUACAGAGGCCAGACAGCACUCCAUAUUGCUAUAGAGAAAAGGAGCCUAGAAUUAGUGAAGCUUCUAGUAGAGAAUGGAGCUGAUGUCCAUGCCAGAGCCCACGGUGAAUUCUUCAAGAAGAAGAAAGAAGGAGUUUACUUUUACUUUGGUGAACUUCCCCUGUCUUUGGCCGCUUGUACCAACCAGCUUGAGGUUGUGGAAUAUCUUCUAAACAAUCCCCACCAGAAAGCCAGGCUCCAGGAGCAGGACACGCAGGGCAACACAGUCCUCCAUGCCCUGGUGAUGAUUGCAGAUGACACUGAGGAGAACACCAAGUUUGUGAGCACAACAUACGUUGAGAUCUUGAAAGCAGGUGUGAAGGUUGACCCAACAUGGAAGCUGGAGGAGAUCGUGAAUUAUGAUGGAUUAAAUCCUCUGCAGCUUGCUGCCAAGACAGGCAAAGUGGAGAUCUUCAAGCACAUCAUCCAAAGAGAGAUCAAAGAUCCGGUGUACAGGCAUCUGUCACGCAAGUUCACUGAAUGGACCUAUGGGCCUAUCCAUGUGUGUCUCUAUGACUUGUCCUCUAUAGACAGCUUUGAGGAGAACUCUGUGCUGGAGAUUCUGGCAUACAGCAGUGACACACCGAAUCGGUACAAGAUGGUGGUUUUGGAGCCACUGAACAAACUGCUUCAGCAAAAAUGGGAAACAUUUGCUUCCAAGAGAUUCUACUUCAGUUUUGUCUCAUACUUGUCGUUCAUGAUCAUCUUUACAGCCAUUGCGUACUAUCAACCCUUACGGGUAAAGCCUUCGUUUCCAGUGGAGUUUACGGCUGGAGGCUUCCUGUGGGUCUCUGGACUGAUCAUUAUCUUGCUAGGAGGCAUUUAUCUAAUCUUUGCUCAGAGUCUGUACUUGCGGAGGAGACGCCAGUCCCUGAAGACUAUGUGUUCUGACAGCUGCAUUGAGAUCUUGAUCUUCAUCCAGGCUUUCUCAUUGCUGCUGUCAGCAGUCCUGUAUGGUGCAAGUUCAGAAAACUAUGUGGCAGUGAUGGUGUUCUCCCUGCUUCUGGGAUGGAUGAACAUGCUGUAUUACACUCGGGGCUUUCAGCGCACUGGGAUCUACAGUGUCAUGAUCCAGAAGGAAGUGGCAGCAGCUUACUCUUCCCUAUUUGUCAUAAAACAACUCAAAACGAGCAGUCAAAACCAGUGUGAGUUCCCUGGAACUGUUGUGCAUGGGCUGAGAAGUGUUUCCAGAUCCAUAGAGGAGAAUGGUAUUACAAAGACAAGACAAAGCAGAGGUGAAAUGUGGUACCAAGGAAGAAUUCUGAUCACCACUUGUGUGAAACACCAUGGAGAUGGAAAAGAAAGAGAUACUAUCUUGAGAGAUCUGCUGCGUUUCCUCUUGGUUUAUAUGAUCUUCCUCUUUGGCUUUGCUGCAGCUCUGGUUACACUGAUGGGGGAUGCUCCUUCAGUUUCUCACAACAAGUCUCUUGCUCAUUUGGAGAGCACGGGGAACCAUGCUAUGUACGGUGGGCUGCUUAGUGUCUCCCUGGAGCUCUUCAAGAUCACCAUUGGGAUGGGAGACCUGGAUUUUCAGGAACAUGCCAGAUUCAGAUACUUUGUCAUGCUCCUGCUGCUUCUGUUUGUGAUCCUCACUUACAUUCUUCUGCUCAACAUGCUGAUUGCGCUCAUGAGUGAGACUGUCACAGAUAUUUCUGGUUACAGCAAAAGCAUCUGGAAGCUGCAGAGAGCUAUUGCUAUUCUAGAGAUAGAGAAGGCCUGGCUGUGGCGCCAAGGCGGGAAGAGGAGAUCUGGCUGCUUCAUGUCGGUGGGCCUCAAUAAGAAAGAUGAGAGGUGGUGCUUCAGAGUAGAGGAAAUUAAGUGGACUGAUUGGGCAAAGGAUGUGGGAGUUCUUAAGGAAGACCCUGGCAACACCAAUGAUUCAGAAAUAAACCCAGAAGAGACAAGAUCAUGGAAACGGAUGCCACAGAAACAACUGAGACCAGCUGGUUCAGAGGAGCAGUCACUAUUGCAGCCCCAGAUGUCAGCAACUGAGAUGGUGCCUCUAGAGGGACAAACCAGGAAUCCUUAGGAGGUUUUCUGGAUUGCAACCUUGCUUCCACCUUCAAAGGAGUAGUUCUUCCUCUAGCACCUGGAAAAAUUGAAGGCAUUAUCAGUAUUAAAGUGCAUUUCAUUGAAGACUGUGGUUCAUCCUGUGGCUUUAAAUAUUUUCAUGCACUUUAAUCAUUAAUUUCCUCUGAAGAUACUAUUUUUACUCAACUUUCUUUGCCUGACACUUUCAUAUUACUAUGUCUAAAGAUGCAAGAGCAAGGUCAUAGGGGCAGUGGGAGUGGUCUUUGGGAGGCAGUGCUUUCUGAGCUGUAUAGAAAUAAUGCUGCUUGCCGUAGAGAAGCAGAGGAUGGAGUGACUGAUCUAAGAACGGGUCAACUGUUAUUCUUUUGUCACAAGAGACUGCACUGAAGUGCUUUGGAAUAAAGACUGCUGUAGAGUCCUAAAAAGUUGCUAAGGAUGGAGUUAGCUUCUGUGCAAAACACUGUCGAUGUGAGAUGUGAGUGGAGAAAUACUCUUCAGUCUUCAAAAGCUCUACUGAGUCUUUGUGUCAGUGCCUGCAGUGCUCAGUGUUUAGCCCACAUCAGAACUCCCAUUUUACAAUAUUAUAAUGAAAUUGUUUGCACGAUGUGCACAUUUGCUUAAGAGCACAAUAGUGAUGUGGAUUUCCUGGACCUAUAACUUCACAUGGGGAAUUUCUGAAACAUCUGUCUUUCACAGGUUGCUUUGUGUCUGUAGCAAACAUUAGCAGAAUCCUGCACAUGGCUUCUGAGAGACAGAUAGCCCACAAUGCAUCAUGUGGUUAACGUUUCCUAUCAGUCUUAGUGAGCAUCCUGUCUUGCUGUAAGUGGUUACAAGGACCUCAUUGCUUUUUGUAAUGUGCACACUGCCUCAGGCAGGAUGAGCAGUGUACUUUGGACUCUGGGAAAGAGAUAAAAAUGAGCUGUCUCACUUUCACCCUAUAUUUAAAAAUAAUAACAGGAGUAUUUCUGUAAACUGUCAAUAUAGCAAGUGUACUUCAUUGAAAAUGUUCAUCUUUGGGCAUGAACAUUUUCAAUGUUCAGAGCUUCAGCCUCUCUCAAAAAGGAAGAGAAGAUGUGACUAUAAGGCCUUAUAAAAUUCCUAAUGACGUGUCACCCAGCACUGAGCUGAACACACUGCCACGCAAGUUAAUGAGUGUUUUUCAGGACUUCAUGUCAGUUUACACAGCCACAUCUGUAAAUGUAACAGCUGAUGUUGCAUUGGAUGUACCUUUCAUACAGGCAAUGGCUAGUGAUAGCCCUGAAAAAGCUGCAGGCUACGAAUGUUGGCAACACCUUUCCUUCAGUAAGAUAAACUAUGCAACUGUAGAUCUCCUGUCUUUCAUUUCUACUCUGAGCAAGUGAAGCUAGGAGGUUUGUCUUUUGGAGGCAAUCAUUUUAAUCCUGUUGCUUACUACGUGCAGAUGACUGACAGCAAAAGCAUUUCUUUAAAAACUUACGCCCUGUCACUUCAAAUGGGUUCUUCCCCUGUGCUGGGCAAUUCCCUCUGCAAGUAUCAGUGCAUUGGGUCUCUGAACUGUAACUAACUUUUCUCACUCCAGCUUCUGUUGUCUUGCUUUGUGAAGCCUUCGGCAGCUUUUUCCAUCUAUGGCUUUGUCCUAAAUGUUCCCAAGAUUUGGCAAGGUGCUCAUAUUGCACAAAAGGAUCAUCUGGCAUAUAGUGAUCUAUUGCUGUGCUUGGUGCUUUGCUGUGCAAGGGACACUUUGAGAUUCUCAAGGAACACAGAAUCAGAUCUGCCAUCCCCGCCUGGAAUCUUAAUAAGGAGGAAUCUUGCUCACUGGCAGUGUUUUUGAUAGCUGUGGCUUGUGACGGCUUGCUUUCAAGAUAACCUGCCUCUUCAGCCAUUCCUUGAACCUGCUUCUCUUUAAAUCCCUUUCUUAAGGGAUUUAAAGUGUUAGUUUAUCUUUUGAUCUGCAUCAAAAAUGUUCUUAAACAUCCAGUGUCUGCUCUGAAACAGGGCCCUGACAUUCCUUGUGCUUCACAGUCACACCACAGACCACCAGUCCCAGCGCUCCCAAGCUCAUGAAUGAAGGAUGAUGGACACCAGACAGGCACAUGCAGCAAACAAAUAGGUCAGGUUGUCAGAAGAUUUAUCAGUACACAGGCUGUCAUACAGUUCUUUGAUGUGCUAUGGAAAAAAAGAAGAUUUUUUGAGGAGUUACAACCUCUCUGCAGUGAGAAGUGAGUUAGCACUAUUGAGAUUAAUAUGAAUAACCUCCCAGUAUUCUUCAUUCUUAAUGCACAAGGCUCCUAUUUGGUUUCACCUUCUGAGCCACUUCCCAUUUUGGUCACGUUACAAACAGGAAGGCUGUCUGGGGUUUAUUUUGAGGGAUAUCUGCAGUUCCUUGCAAGAGGAAGGACUUAAAAGCUGAUUCAUAGCUUUGAAGGCCCAAGAGGAUUUUGGGAUCCACUCUUAAUAGGUCAUAAUGUUUUGCAAGAAAACACUUCAGUCAUUGACACAAGAAAUUAUCAAUAGGUGAACUGUUCCCUCCCUUCUACAUCUUGUGACAGGUAAACCCAUCUGCAUGUGAACCCAUCCCUAUGCAAAUGGGGAGGCUUUGUAGGGCUCUCUUCUGAGAAAACAGAAACCUUUCACAAACAUCACUGAAGGAAUAGCUGCAGUUUCUCUUCUCUGACUGCUCAGGAUGUAUGAGCCAUGGAGACCCUGGAGUCCCAGCCACGCCAUGAAGGAGACACCAGCAGCUCUCAUGACUUUUCACACAAGGCUAUGGAUGGUCAAACCCUCCCCUAUUGAAUUUGGUCAAAGUUGCUUGGCUUCUGGCAGGGUUGGGAGAUGAAUGCAGACCUUGUUGCUUCCAAAUUCCCCCUCCUCUACUCAAGCACACUUUGUGUGGUCAUUGAUCCCUGUGGCCUCUCUAUUAGGCUCCAAAUGCUUCCCACUGCAGUGAUCUUUCUCCCUGCUUCAUAUCUGGUUUGUAUGGUUCCCAAUUCCCCAUAAAGCCAUUUUCCUCAGGGCUAUAGGUAGAAGCAAGACUUUCUUGUUCCUCAGAUGCUUUGCACAUUUUAUUUUAUGGUUGUUUUUUCCCCCUGCUUAUUUCAAAGCAUGCUCUGAAGCUGAAGCCAGUGUGGGGAGCUGUGUCUGUGUCUCAGUUGAUUCCCUCUCUUUUCAUCUCUUCAUGACCCCACUUGCAACUGAGCAUACUUUCCGUUGCCUCUGUAGCUAGCAAAAGGAGUCUUUGAAAUGUGACAAGUGAAAGGGCUCAGACAAAGAACAGAUGCUUUAUGUAAGUCUACAUAAGCUGCAAAGAGCUAUUUCUGAAGUGAUGCAGCUGGCCCAUUUCUCAGCUGGAGUGUUCCCAUGGCUAGCUAUCAGCUUUAUUCUUCUUUGCUCUGUUUAAGAACUUUAAUUUGUUAAAUGACUAAAAAGAAAAUAAAAUUGGGGAGGGGAAAAAAAAAAGACAUUUCAAAAAGUUCCACUUUGCAACCUCACAUCUGCUUCAGCAGCAUGAAUAAAAGUGGGGCCAGACAGGACUAGGCAAAGC